GCUUCUCUGCCUACCUCUCAGUCUGUGUUGAGUCUCUGCAGGAAAGACAGUCGUAGUACGGUGAACUACACAUUUUCAACACAUUUGGUUGUGAGACGAAAAACAAAUCUUACACACGGGAAAUACCUAUUCUGUCCUGUUUAUAAAUAACAGCUCCAGAUCCACUCCUGCUUUCUUUGGGUUAAUUUCUUGUUCAAAGCAAGACAGUCAUUGCUUUAAGAGAUACGAAAAGAAAGAAAAAUAAGAGACGGUUGUUUAGAAGGUGGAUUAUUUCGCUCCUGCUGUAACUGCACUGGAUGUAACUCGCAACGAUUCUUAAAUUGACAAGAGGAGGAGAAAUCGAGGUUUCGAAUUUAAAAAUCCAGCAUGCUGUUAAGGCUGUGAACACACUGUAUCUGAGAACUCAGACCAGACUGACUCACUGUGGCCAAUGAGCCAGUGAGAACGAAGCUGUAAAAGGAUGCUGGUGCCAAGCUGUCGGAUGAUGCACAUAGCCAGGCCAGUGGUGGUGCUCCUGUUCUUUCUUCACUUAGCAGAUGCUGAAACACCACCAAAGUUUACACGAACUCCCGAUGAUCAAACGGGAGUGUCAGGAGGGGUAGCAUCAUUCAUUUGCCAAGCCACGGGAGACCCAAGGCCUAAGAUUGUGUGGAAUAAGAAGGGGAAGAAAGUCAGCAACCAGAGAUUUGAGGUGAUAGAGUUUGAUGAUGGAUCUGGGUCUGUGUUAAGAAUUCAGCCCCUGCGUACCCCUCGAGAUGAGGCUAUAUAUGAAUGUGUUGCCUCCAACAGUGUUGGAGAGACAAGUUCCUCCACCAGACUCACCGUAUUACGUGAGGACCAGCUCCCUUCUGGUUUUCCCACCAUAGACAUGGGCCCACAAUUGAAAGUGGUAGAGCGCACGCGCACAGCCACCAUGUUAUGUGCAGCCAGCGGAAACCCUGAUCCAGAAAUUACCUGGUUCAAAGACUUCUUACCUGUUGACACGACUAACAAUAAUGGCCGCAUCAAACAAUUACGAUCAGGUGGUACACCAAUAAGAGGUGCCCUCCAAAUUGAGCAGAGCGAAGAAUCUGACCAGGGAAAAUAUGAAUGUGUUGCGACCAACGGUGCUGGUACACGAUACUCUGCCCCUGCCAAUCUAUAUGUCAGAGAGCUGCGAGAAGUACGGCGUGUCCCUCCAAGGUUCUCUAUCCCUCCAACAAACCACGAGAUCAUGCCGGGAGGCAGUGUGAAUAUCACGUGUGUGGCCGUGGGCUCCCCCAUGCCCUAUGUGAAGUGGAUGUUGGGGGCUGAAGACUUGACUCCUGAAGACGAUAUGCCCAUUGGGAGGAAUGUACUGGAGCUUACAGACGUGAGGCAAUCAUCCAACUAUACCUGCGUGGCCAUGUCAACUCUUGGUGUCAUUGAGGCUGUUUCACAAAUUACUGUGAAAGCUUUGCCAAAGCCUCCCGGAACCCCUGUGGUGACUGAAAGCACGGCCACAAGCAUUACCCUGACAUGGGACUCUGGGAAUCCGGAGCCUGUUUCUUAUUACAUCAUCCAACAUAGAUCAAAGUCUGAAGAGACAUACAAGGAAAUAGACGGGGUGGCCACCACACGGUACAGCGUGGGAGGCCUCAGCCCAUACUCUGAAUACGAGUUCAGGGUGGUGGCAGUGAACAAUAUAGGAAAGGGCCCACCUAGUGAGCCGGUGGAAACCAGGACUGCUGAACAGGCCCCCAGCACCGCACCUCGCCAAGUAACAGCACGCAUGCUCAGUUCCACCACCAUCCUGGUCCAGUGGGAGGAGCCAGAAGAGGCAAAUGGACAGAUCCAAGGCUACCGAGUUUAUUACACCAUGGAACCCAACCAGCACAUCAACAACUGGCAGAAACACAAUGUGGGUGACACUCACAUCACAACCAUCAGUGGCCUCACUCCACAGAAAACCUACCACGUCAAAGUGCUUGCGUUCACCUCUGUUGGAGAUGGGCCCCUCUCCAGUGACAUCCAGGUUAUAACUAAGACAGGAGUUCCAGCUCAGCCAACUAACUUCAAAGCCGAGGCAAAGUCUGAAACCAGCAUACUGUUAUCAUGGAUGCCUCCAAAAGGAGACUCAAUCAUUGGUUAUGAGCUUGUUUACAAAAAAGGGGAACAAGGAGAAGAGCAACAUGUCACUUUUGAGCCCGACACAUCAUAUCUGUUGCAGGGACUGAAACCCUUUACAAACUACUUCUUCCGUCUGGCUGCCCGCUCCUCGUAUGGCCAGGGUGCUGCCACUACUGAGAUAUCGGCUGAAACCCCACAGACACAGCCCUCUGCUCCUCCACAAGACAUCAAGUGCACUAGCCCCAGCUCCACCAGCAUUCUGGUAAGUUGGCUACCACCGCCAGUGGAACUACAGAAUGGAAUCAUUACCAAGUACUCUAUCCAGUAUGUCGCCAUCGAAGGAGAGGACACAAACCCCCAUCAAAUCUCAGACCUCUCCCCCGAAACCUCCCAGUACCUCUUGGAAGAGUUGGAAAAGUGGACCGAGUAUCGAGUGACAGUGAGCGCCCACACAGAUGUUGGACCGGGCCCUGAAAGCUUGCCCCAGCUCAUCCGCACCGACGAGGAUGUUCCCAGCGGUCCCCCUCGUAAAGUCGAGGUGGAGGCUGUCAACUCCACAUCAGUUAAAGUCACUUGGCGUUCACCUGUCCCCAACAAGCAGCACGGGCAAAUCCGAGGAUACCAGGUGCAUUAUGUGAAGAUGGACAAUGGAGAGCCAAGAGGACAGCCCAUGAUAAAGGACAUCAUGCUUGCUGAUGCACAGUGGGAAUAUGAUGAUUCUACUGAACAUGUGAUGGUAAUUUCUGGUCUCCAGCCUGAAAUGACGUACUCUGUCACUGUGACAGCUUACACAACUAAAGGAGAUGGAGCUCGCAGCAAGCCCAAGCUGGUGUCAACAACUGGUGCAGUUCCAGGAAGGCCCAGACUCUUAGUUAGCCCCACCCAGAUGGGGACAGCUCUAAUUCAGUGGCACCCACCAGUUGAGACCUUUGGGCCUGUGCAAGGUUACCGUCUCAAAUAUGGCCGCAAGGACACUGACCUCCUAACCAUACUAGAAUUUUCUGAAAAGGAAGACCACUUCACCGUCACAGACAUCCACAAAGGGGCCUCCUAUGUCUUCUGUCUUUCCGCCAGGAACAAAGUUGGCUAUGGGGAAGAGAUAGUGAAGGAGAUCUCGCUUCCUGAAGAUGUGCCGAGUGGCUUCCCGCAAAACAUUGUUGCUGACAGCCCAACUUCGACCACUUUCCAGCUUAGCUGGCAGCCUCCGGUGCUGUCUGAGCAAAACGGUGUCAUUGUCAAAUAUACCGUGCUAUACAAAGAUAUUAACAGCCCCAACAACCCGUCCGAACUCAUUGUCAUGCCUCCGGAAACCACCGUAAAAAUCAAUGGUUUAAAAGCAGACGCAACGUACGAUAUAAAAAUACGCGCAUAUACCAGCAAAGGGGCUGGCCCUUAUAGCCCAAGUGUCCAGUUCAGGACACAGCCACUGGAUCAAGCAGUGUUUGCAAAAAAUUUUCAUGUGAAAGCCGCAAUGAAGACAUCAGUGCUGCUAACCUGGGAGAUUCCAGAAAGCUAUAACCCUGCCCAACCUUUCACAAUUCUCUAUGACAAUGGACAAAGUGUUGAGGUGGAUGGGAAUGUCACACAAAAACUGAUCACCAACCUUCAGCCGGGUACCCAAUACUCCUUCUUGCUGACGAAUCGAGGGAACAGUGCCGGUGGACUCCAGCACCGUGUUACAACCAUGACUGCACCGGACGUACUACGCACUAAACCCUACUUCAUAGGGAAAACCAACACGGAUGGGAUGUUAACUGUUGAACUUCCUGCUGUGCAAACAACAGAGAAAGUAAAAGCAUACUAUAUAGUGGUGGUGCCUUUGAAGAAACAACGUGGAAAGUUUAUCAAGCCAUGGGUCAGUCCAGAUGAGAUGAAUCUGGAGGAGCUACUCAAAGAGAUUAACAGAACAAGCAGAAGCCUCCGGCUCAGGAGGCAAGCAGAGCCCAGAUCCUACAUUGCUGCCUACUUCAAAGAGCUCCCCACUGAGUUCACUCUCGGAGACCAGAAGGUCUAUGGUGACUUUGAAAACAAGCCGCUCCAAAAUGGUCAAGAAUAUAUCUUCUUUGUUUUGGCUGUUCUGGAGAUCUCUGAUAAUACAAUGUACUCUACUAGCCCAUAUUCAGAUCCAGUAGUGUCUGCUGACAUUGAUCCCCAGCCCAUCAUCGAUGAGGAGGAAGGAUUGAUCUGGGUGGUGGGGCCAGUGCUUGCUGUCGUGUUCAUUAUCUGCAUUGUCAUUGCCAUCCUCCUCUACAAGAGCAAACCCGACAGUAUGACAUCACAAUCAAAUUUACUGACUGGCAGGGAACAAUCAGUCUACCGGAAAAGAGCAGAGUCUGACUCCAGAAAGAGCAGUAUUCCUAAUAGUAAGGAGAUCCCCUCCCAUCAUCCAACAGAUCCUGUGGAACUCAGGCGCCUCCAUUUCCAGACCCCAGGUUCAGGUGUCUCCGGUUACCCUGGUAACCUCCAUUCGUCAAGUAUGGCCAGCCACCCCCCUAUUCCCAUCAUGGAACUUGCCGAUCAACUUGAAAGGCUAAAGGCAAACGACAAUUUGAAGUUUUCACAAGAAUAUGAGUCUAUUGAUCCAGGCCAGCAGUUUACAUGGGAACACUCCAACCUGGAAGUUAAUAAACCAAAGAAUAGAUACGCAAAUGUGAUUGCAUACGACCAUUCCCGGGUCCUACUUUCUGCUAUUGAAGGUAUUCCUGGCAGUGAUUAUGUCAAUUCCAACUACAUUGAUGGCUACAGAAAGCAGAAUGCCUAUAUUGCAACACAAGGCCCCCUCCCAGAGACAUUUGGUGACUUUUGGAGAAUGAUUUGGGAGCAACGCAGUGCCAACGUUGUCAUGAUGACUAAGCUGGAAGAAAGAUCAAGGGUUAAGUGUGACCAGUACUGGCCUACAAGAGGAACUGAAACCUAUGGGUUGAUCCAAGUGACAUUACUGGAUACGGUGGAACUGGCAACCUACUGUGUUAGGACAUUUGCACUUUAUAAGAAUGGUUCUAGUGAAAAGAGAGAAGUGCGACAAUUCCAGUUUACAGCCUGGCCAGACCAUGGUGUUCCUGAGCACCCCACACCAUUCCUAGCCUUUUUACGUCGUGUCAAAGCCUGUAACCCACCAGAUGCUGGGCCAAUGGUUGUACACUGCAGUGCUGGCGUUGGCAGAACCGGGUGCUUCAUUGUAAUAGAUGCCAUGUUGGAGAGGAUAAAACACGAGAAGACUGUAGAUAUUUAUGGCCACGUUACUCUAAUGAGAGCUCAGAGGAAUUACAUGGUUCAGACAGAGGACCAAUAUAUCUUUAUCCAUGAUGCACUGCUGGAAGCGGUGACGUGUGGAACUACAGAAGUGCCAGCCAGAAACCUGUAUGCAUACAUUCAGAAACUGACACAGAUAGAAUCGGGGGAGAAUGUAACUGGAAUGGAACUGGAAUUUAAGCGUUUAGCCAACACUAAAGCUCAUACAUCACGAUUCAUCAGUGCCAAUCUUCCAUGUAACAAAUUCAAGAACCGCCUUGUUAAUAUAAUGCCAUAUGAAUCCACAAGAGUAUGCCUACAGCCGAUCCGAGGGGUAGAAGGCUCGGAUUAUAUAAAUGGCAGUUUUAUUGAUGGAUAUAGACAACAGAAAGCCUACAUUGCCACACAGGGACCCUUAGCAGAGACUACAGAGGACUUCUGGAGGAUGCUUUGGGAGCACAACUCCACAAUUGUUGUCAUGCUUACAAAGCUCAGAGAAAUGGGGAGGGAAAAAUGCCAUCAGUACUGGCCUGCAGAAAGAUCUGCCAGGUAUCAGUACUUUGUGGUGGAUCCCAUGGCAGAGUACAACAUGCCUCAAUACAUCCUGAGGGAGUUUAAAGUGACUGAUGCUCGGGAUGGACAGUCUCGGACAGUAAGGCAGUUCCAGUUUACUGACUGGCCCGAGCAAGGAGUGCCAAAAUCAGGCGAAGGGUUCAUUGACUUCAUCGGCCAAGUGCAUAAAACAAAAGAACAGUUUGGGCAGGAUGGGCCAAUAUCGGUUCAUUGUAGUGCUGGUGUCGGGAGGACUGGUGUUUUUAUUACACUCAGCAUUGUCCUGGAGAGAAUGAGGUAUGAGGGGGUGGUGGAUAUCUUCCAGACUGUCAAAAUGUUAAGGACACAGAGACCAGCCAUGGUACAGACAGAGGAUCAGUACCAGUUUUGCUAUCGAGCCGGAUUGGAAUACCUUGGAAGCUUUGAUCACUAUGCAACGUAAAAGCCCAAUCCACCCUGGAUUAUACAGCAGGCCCUUUAAGAUCCAGAGAGCCCCUUCUGAGCCAUAAAUACAUGCUUGAGAAGUACUUAUUAACUUCUAGCUAAAGACAAAUUAAGUGAGGAAUAUUAAAAAAUAUAUAUAAUUUAAAAAAAAAACGAUUCCAGGUGGACCAAGAAUUUACUAUUUAAUAACCUACCCUGAAUGAAACAGAAGGAUCCUGACUAUUGAGGCAUCUUUAAAGAAGUGUUUUGUUUUUUUUCAGUUGCCUCAAGGAUUCAACUUGGGUUGAAAUUUUAAAAACUAAAAUCUUGGGAGGAGCAGUAACUGCUUUCAGGAUUGUUUGCAAACUGAAUGCACAUUGUAAAGGUAAACUUUGAUAGUACUGCAAUCAAGUGCAAGAGGACAUUUCAGUAAAUGGACACCAGGUGUUGGUAAAUUACAAGAAGACACUGCUUCAACAAUACUCCCUUCCCAUCAUAAUGCUCAUAACAAAUUCUUAGGGUGAAACGGGGAAUGUUAAAAACAAAACAAAUAAAAAACAAAGUUAUUGAUUUAGUUUUUUAGUACUGUAUUAUACUGCUGAGCUGUGCUUCAUUUUUAUCUGUGUAAACUUUUUUCCCUUUUUUUUUACGAGUUCAUUAAUUUUUUUAAUUAAUUUUUUAUGUAGAUUUUUUUUUAAAGCUGUAGAACUGUUCAAUGUACAAUCUGGCCGAGGAAAUGUUAAGUUUCAGUUUUCUAUUUUUUAUUUUUUGUUUUUUUUAUCGUACCAAACUUUCACUCUGUUGCAGGGUGUCUUGUGUCCCUUGUUUAAAACUGCCUCAUAAUGAUCAUGUCAUAAAGUGGGGCUUUGUGGAAUCAACAGGGAUGCGCAAAGUAUAAAGUUGCUGCUACCGAUUAUCUUAAUUCUUCCAUGUUAAGGUGAUGUAUACAAACAGCCUCUGAUGAGAUACUUAUGGUGGGGGGACUAUUUUAAAAAAGGCUUCCAUGAUGAGAUUUUGUAAUUAAGGGAAAAUGAAAAGUAUUUGUUUUCCCACUGGAAUGCACAUCAGUUGGUUAAGAGUAUUCAAAUGCAGUGUAUCUUUUCUCGUGCAAUAACUAGCUAUAUUAUAAAUAGGAUUUAUGUCGUUCUUUUGUGAUUCAUUGCAUAAUUAUUCCCUGAAAAGAGGAUAGGGAGAUUGUCAUAGGUGCACCAGUGAGUUCAGUGUAUUGUACUUGCAUCAUAUUGGUAGUGAUUUGUUCAGAAGGCUGCAGUAGUAUAGGUAAAAAAGCCUACUUAGAUGUCAUUUUUUGAUGUAAUAGGGCAAGGCAUACAAAAUAUAAUUCUCUUAAAAGUAGGUUGUUUAAUAGCAUAAUGUUUAAUGUUUUAUUUUUGCAUUUAGAGUGCCUUAUAUCUAAUGCUUGUUUUUUUUUUAAUAAUGUUCAUUUAAAGGCUGUUUGUAUCCUUAACUUAGUUCAUAUCUAUUUCAUUUUACUUAAAAUAUUACAAUGUAUUAGAUUAUAUAAAAUUAUAUAUGCAAAGAACUCAAUUACCAUUCUCCUUUUUGUAGGUUUAUUCAGGCCUUGUUUGGGCUAUGUUUUAAAGGGGUAUAGUCUCACAUGCAGGUGGCACAGUGCAUAUUUGACUUAACAGAAAUAGGGUCUCUAUUAAUCAUGAAAACAGGCCAUACACUACCCCUUAUACUGCAUUAUUUCAUAUUUGAAACUAUUCAUUUAACAAUUAUAUUUGUUCUAAACCUUUAGCUCUUAUUAGCACUUUCAAAAUGUAGACAUAUUUAUAUACAUUAUAUUAGCAGCUUUGGUUUUUUGUCAGCAUGCUGCAGUUUGUGUCAGGGCAGUAAAGCCACAUAGAUAACUUGCUCAACAAAAACCAUUUGUGAAGGCAGACAUACAGCAACAUUUGUUAUAUUGAAGAAGUACAAGCUACUUUGUGGAAGAUAGACACUUUUUGACUGUUCGAAGACCAAACCUUAGCAGUAAGAAGCACUUUUUAUACAUAUUACGGAAGGCUACCUCUAAAUGGACGCUGGAAAACAUUUGGUUGUGCAGUGUGUUAAACUUUGUACAGUUUCACAGCUGAAAAAAGGCCUGAUGAAAAGAACAAGACAGUGGAUGGGUUACAUUUCUUUGCACAAAUACAUAUCCUUUUGCAGAACCGGUCAGAGCUGGAUUAGAAAAAGAACCGCUGGAACCUACACACAUUAGGACCCUGACAAUCGAAGGUAGCCACUUGUACAGUAUGUUUGUUAAGUCUGCAGAUGCGCUUUGAAGCUUUUGCUGGAAAAAAAAAGUAUGCAUACGAGGCACCUUCUUUUAAUUCUACUUUCUUUAGUUUUGUAGAUGUGCAUUCCAGUUGCUUCCUUUCCCUUAUUUUUUUCUGCUAUAUCAUUUUCUGCAAAUCAUUUAAUCUGGGUUAUUUGUUUUCCCGUUAGCAUAAUGAGUAAGGUGCUAUGUUAUUUAAUCACAUUUGGGUGUAGGUAUCAUAUAUCAUUUACUAAUUAGUUACAUUUAGAAACCUCAGUGUACAUGUGUACUGGUCCAGUUCUUUCUUUUAUUUGGGUGGGGGUGGGUAUGCAUGGUGAUACAUUGCAGAAGGCCACUGGGGGCCCUUUAGGAAGAUUUGCACUUUCUAUAUCUUUGUACUAUGCACUGCCCUAUUGAUUCUAAACCCGAUAAUAUAUUACUUGAACCCAUCUGUAAGAAUUUACUUAAACGUUCACUCUUUGUGUGUAUGUAAAUAACACAGAAUAGCAAACAAAAAACAAAAAAAAACACACAAAAAACAAACAAAAUGAGUUUGUGGCAAAAGAGCAUCCAUGUCUGGUGCCAUGAUACUCCAACAGAAGACUGUAGAUUUUGUCAUAACCAUCUGUUAUGUGGCUUUGCCAUUUAAGCUUGGAGUGUCAUUAAAAAUAAAUGUUGUGUUCUCUCCUCUCUAUCUAUCUCUCGUCUGGAUGCAUAGACUGAAAAUAAUAAAUGAAAUUGUAAAAAAAAAAAAUGGCUUGUUAAAAGAAUCAUACGAUUACCUCUGAUUAGUAGUACACGUAAACGUUUUUUCUGAAUGAAAGGAGUGGUUUUUAUUUUCUUACUUAGGUUACAUUGGUGGCGAAAGAAGUCUGUAUGAAAAUCAGUUCUUUGCUGACACAAGUUCCAUUUGUUACAAAUGAAUUCUAAUAAAAAAAAUAUGUCAGUGUUAUGCA